ACUUUCUCUCACUACAAGUCCUCUAUCUCUCCCUCAAACUCCGUCCACCAAAAUUGGUCACUUUCCUCUUCCUUGGGAAAGAACACCAAAAACCCAGGUUGUGGGAAGAAGCCGUCAAACGUUCUGCUAUCCGAUUCCACCCGUUUAGGGGUUGCCUCCAUUUAAUAAAUUUUUUAAAUUAAAGUUCCUGAACCGUAUAAAUUACCCAUAAUUAAUAUACGAAAAUGGUGGCUUUUACUUUCCAUUUCCAACCCUGCAUUUCUGGCACCUGCCUUCAACUCCCUAACAAUAACACCAACAACAUUAACUACAAAAACUCUGCUCCUUUUUCUUCUUCUUCUUCUUCUUUUUUUUCUUUUUCUUCUGUUAAGGAGGCAGCCUCUGUCAAGGAUCGAUAUGAAUUCCAUGAAAAAAACCUCUAAUGGUGUGUCUAAGAGUCUCAUUGUUGCAAGUGGGGAACACCAAGAAAAUGGUCAACAGCUCGUUGUAUGCUUUGGCGAAAUGUUGGUCGACUUUGUUCCAACUGUUGGUGGUGUUUCACUAGCUGAAGCACCUGCAUUUAAGAAAGCUCCUGGUGGAGCUCCUGCCAAUGUUGCUGUUGGUAUCUCAAGACUUGGUGGAUCAUCAGCCUUUAUUGGGAAGGUGGGUGAUGAUGAGUUUGGUUAUAUGUUAGCUGAUAUGUUGAAACAAAACAAUGUGGACACCUCAGGUGUCCGCUUUGAUCCUGGUGCAAGAACAGCACUGGCAUUUGUCACCCUUAGAGCUGAUGGUGAGCGUGAAUUUAUGUUUUUCCGAAAUCCAAGUGCUGAUAUGCUUCUUCUUGAAUCAGAACUGGAUGUAGACCUUCUUAGGCAGGCAACUAUCUUCCACUAUGGAUCUAUAAGUUUGAUUGCAGAACCCUGCAGGUCAGCACAUCUCGCUGCAAUGAAGAUAGCUAAAAGUUCCGGAAGCAUCCUAUCCUAUGAUCCCAAUUUGAGGCUGCCACUGUGGCCAUCAGCAGAAGCUGCUAGGGAGGGAAUCAUGAGUAUAUGGGAAAUAGCAGAUGUCAUAAAGGUUAGUGAGGAAGAAAUAGUUUUUUUAACAGAAGGUGAGGAUCCUAAUGAUGAUAAUGUGGUGUUGAAGAAGCUUUUUCAUCCAAACCUCAAACUUCUGCUUGUGACUGAAGGGCCAGAAGGCUGUAGAUACUACACAAAGGAGUUUAGAGGAAGAGUUGGAGGUAUUAAAGCUGCUGCUGUUGACACAACAGGCGCAGGAGAUGCAUUUGUCAGUGGCUUACUCUGCAAUAUGGUAUCGAACCUCCAACUGUAUCAGGACGAGACGAGAUUAAGAGAGGCCCUUCAGUUUGCCAAUGCAUGUGGUGCGCUCACGGUUACUGAACGAGGUGCGAUUCCCGCGAUGCCGACACGAGAAGCAGUGCUGCAAGCCUUACCAAAACCUCUUGCAAAGAAGUUGUGUAGUUGCUGUCUGUGGUUCAUGUGACUUAAAGUUCGAACUAUGCAUUGGAACGGUUGGUUCCCUUUGAACUUCAUCUUCUUAAAUUUAUCACUUCUCUCUCUAUAUACGGUAAAUUUGGAGUAUUGGAACAGGUUAUCAUUGUAGGCAAAGAAGCUUUUUGGUUGCUACCUCUUGCUUCUGUGACUUAAAAUUCUAACUGUGCAUUGGAAUGGUUAGUUUAUUUUGAACUUGAUCGUCUUAAAUUUCUCACUCCUUUCUCUAUAUGGUGAAUUUGGAGCAUUGGAACAGGAUGUGUUUUCAUCUUAAUAUGGUAAAUUUGGAGCAUUGGAAUAAGUUAUUUCCAUCUUAUUUUGUUUGACUUUAGAGUUUUUAAUUUUUAAUGAUGAUGAACUUGAAAAGCA